AGCGUGCGGUGCUUGUUCACAUCUCUCCCUGCAAUAUCAAAUCCACUCACGACGAUCAGAGUGCGCGCGUUCCUGGACUGGACUACGUCGGAAGAAGAAUCGUGGAUCGAAAUAAACCUUACAAUGUUGCUACUUGUUUUCAUACAGUUGGCUUUAGCAGCCGGUAUCAACUCGUGCUCAUAUAACGAGUUCUGCAUUGAUAUCAAACAGUGUCCAACCUACAGGCACUAUGCUAACGAAAGAUUCCAUAACUGGCCGGUAAGUUUGCGAACGGCGGCAAAGGCCAAGCUUUGCAACACCGAACUAGUUGGGGAUCAGAUGGUGCUGAGUGUUUGCUGUCCGUCGGUAAUGAACAAUCCCAACUGCGGUAUUCAGGGGGACGAUCGUAUUUCCAAGGGGGAAGUGGCAAAGCCGUUCGAAUAUCCCUGGAUGGCGUUGCUGCAGGAUAGGAGUGGCAAAUUUGUGUGCGGGGGAACGCUCAUCAGCAGCAGAUACGUCCUCACGGCAGCACAUUGUGUCAAGCAGGGAGUGAUAACAUCGGUUCGACUGGGAGAAAAUGACAUCAACCAAACAGAAGACUGCAUAACAUUAGAUGGGGAAAUAGAGUGCGCCCCUCCUCCACAGGACAUCCCUGUGGACAUCCACGGAACGAUUCGUCACUCUGACCAUAGUGACAGGUAUAAAAAGAAUGAUAUCGCUCUUCUACGAUUGUCGACGCCACCAGUGUUCGGUUAUAGUGUAAGGACGAUUUGCCUCCCAGAUGGGUCUCCAGCCCAACGAAAGCUGGCGCCUUGGACAUACAUCGUGUCGGGCUGGGGAAUGACUGAGAAUGGUACAUUUUCAAACGUGCUACGAUAUGCUCAAGUUCCGGCGAUGACGCUAGAGGCAUGCUCUGUUAGAGUUCGUAAGCUGCACUCCACCAUGAAGUUGGACCAGAGCCAUCUUUGUGCCGGUGGGGUCGAUCAGGUGGACAACUGUGCGGGUGAUUCCGGUGGUCCACUGCAUUACAUUUCUAAUGACACGUCCCGGUUUAUCCAGCAGGGAAUUGUCGCGUUUGGAAUUCGAUCCUGCGGAAAGGAAAGUGAACCGGGAGUGUAUACCAAUGUGAGUCAUUUUAUUAGUUGGCUUAUGCAACAUGUACAUGAAUAAAUUAUGAAAGGUUUUA